AUGGAAGAUUCCCACAAGAUUAACACUUCCAAGACUGCACCUCAGCCUGGUUCAGCAGUUCAGGGAGCUCAUAUUUCUCAUACUGCCCUGCAGGUUUCAUCUUUAUCAGAAAGCGAGGAGUCUCAGGACUCAUCUGACAGCAUAGGCUCCUCACAGGAAGCUCACGGGAUCCUAGCAUGGCGCCCUUCUUACAGAAAAAUUUUGAAAGACCUCUCUUCUGAAGAAACACGAAGCAGAAAAGGAGACAGAGAAAAUCCUGGCGUUUCUGCUGUUACUUCUAUGUCUGUUCCAACUCCCAUCUACCAGACCAGCAGCAGACAGUACAUUGCCAUUGCCCCAAAUGGAGCCUUGCAGUUGGCCAGUCCAGGCACAGACGGAGUACAGGGACUACAGACCUUAACCAUGACAAAUUCAGGCAAUCCUCAGCAAGGUGCGAUUCUCCAGUAUGCACAGACCCCUGAUGGACAGCAAAUACUUGUGCCCAGCAACCAGGUGGUUGUGCAAACUGCAUCAGGAGAUGUGCAGACAUACCAGAUCCGCACCACACCAUCGGCCACUUCGCUGCCACAAGCUGUGGUGAUGACGUCGCCUGUCACUCUUACCUCUCAGGCAACUAAGACAGAUGACCCCCAAUUGAAAAGAGAAAUAAGAUUGAUGAAAAACAGAGAAGCUGCUCGAGAAUGUCGGAGGAAGAAGAAAGAGUAUGUCAAAUGCCUGGAAAAUCGAGUUGCAGUCCUGGAAAAUCAAAAUAAAACUCUCAUAGAAGAGUUAAAAACUUUGAAGGAUCUUUAUUCUCAUAAAAGUGUUUGA